CAAUCAACGCAUUGAUCAAGCAGGCUUUCGUUUGUGUUAAUAAUCCAUUACUCGUUUAACCUAUAACAUCGUACAAGCAUUUUGUGCCGCACCAUAAUGUUACCAAAAAUAUUGUACGUUCUGCAAGAAGCUGGAACAACUGUCUCUAUGGAAGAAAUAAUGCUCAGGGUGGAAAGACUAGACGAACGAAAAUCGACAUCGGAGGAUGAUUGUUCUCGAUUAUCAGCGUUCCUGAAGGCGCUCGAUCAGGGCACGCAGUUCGGUUUCAUCGUUGGCGAUAGAAAGCGACGAAUGUACAAGCUUGGUGUCAACUAUUUGCGCUUCGAAAAUUAUAAGUUCAACAUUAAGUUACGAAUGUUGAGCGAAGACAUCGCAAUUCAUGGCUUACACAAAAUUCUUUCGAAUGUGGAAAAUGUUUUACAAUCGGAUGUCAGCAAUGACAGCUCAGACGAUGGUGAUGGUGCUGCGUACGAUUCUGAUGAUGAGCGUACACCGACGCCUAAAAAGAAAAUUAUGAGGAAUACUCAAAACAUUUCGAAACAGCGCAAGAAAAGAAUCUUUAAGGCUGGAGCUACACCAAAAAAGCUGCCUGCACGAUCAAAAUAUAAUAAACGUUGAACCAUUGUAAAUUAGGCCUUCUUAUUUAUUUGCUAUAUGUAUAAUAACGGGGGUAUAUUCCACAUCAUAGCAACAUGGUUGUCAUGGUGAAAACCCGCAACAGCAGUAUGCUAUUGCAAUUAAAUAGUCGAUGGGUAUAGGUUUCCAACAUGUCGUCGGAUAGCGAGAAAAUUAUACAGGUCCAGCUAUCAAACAUCGAGCGAAACUAUCGCACAUUGCAGUCACAGUACAACUGGAAACCAAUGUCGGAAACGUUUGAAAAGUUUAGAGAAAAAUUUCCACUACAAUAUGACGAUAAGGCUGGCCUUAUUCAUCGCACCGAGAGACUGAACUACAUCAAAUCUUCUCAACCAAAACUGGCCCAGGAGGUAAAAAUACCUCUAAAACGAUACGGUUCUUCCGACGAAACGCGUAACAUUGCGCAACCAGCCGAAUCGUUCCGCUUCGGACAAGUUUGCAACAAAUCGGUAGACCGUCCCAAAGGAGUUAUUUACACAAACGCCAAAGGAUUUGCCAGGUUAGUGGAUCCUUAUCUGACCACAACCAUGAAAGAUAUUGUACCGCACGUGAAACAUCAACACGAUACGGUCACAUUUUGGAAUUGGGCCGAACGAGAGGAACGCAAACGGAUUCCGAAAGCAACGGACACUCUACAACCGCGAAUGGUAAUUCCGGUGUUUAAAAGGAAACUUCACUAUGGUUUCGUCAGUGAAAUGCAGGCAAACUACGUGAAGCCUGUUGAGUUGGAGUUUCGAUUGGAUCCCACUAUCACCCGUCCGAUUGUAUUAGAUCCAACCGACCACACGGAAACUGCCACGGAAAGUUCUAUGUAUGGAGACACUAAAAACUGCGCCAUGAUACUGAAACAGAGAAAAUACGAGUAAAAGAGCCCGAAUUACCUUUCCGUGAGAUGUGUAGCGAGACCAAAUUGAUGUAUUUUCAUCCAAAGGGAAAAUAAACAAAAACUUUGCAAUAAACAA